AUGCCUGACGACAUGUGCGACAAACUCCUGCUACCCCUCAUCCCUCCCAAUCGCGAGAACAUGAAGAAGAGUGCAUCCAGCCAACAGUCAGCGGACGAGUCCAUCCAAGAAUUACACGACCAACAUCAUGAUGAGAUUGACGAUGGAGAAAGAGAUAGGAUUGAAGAAGAGUGGCGCAACAGUAUUCGCCUAAAGGUCGACCUUCGACUUUGCAGCAUUGCUGGUAUCUUGUGCUCGCUCAAUCUACUCGACAGCGGCGUCAUCUCUAGCGCAUCUGUCACCUCCAUGCUCAGCGAUCUAGAACUAAAUGUCGGCAACCGAUACUCUGUUUCCAUAUUUAUCUUCACGAUCGCGAGCAUUGCCUUCCAGCUACCAUCGACAAUCGCUGUGCGCACCUUCGGACCGCGUAUCUGGUUUGCCUUCAUCACGUUCUGCUUCGGCAUCAUCACACUGUGCACAGCUUUCGUGCAGACAUGGCGACAGAUGAUUGCACUACGCAUUCUGCUUGGAAUAGCUAUGUCGGGAAUUUAUCCCGGCUUGACGUAUCUCAUCUCAACAUGGUAUACACGGAAAGAGCAACAGCUUCGCUUUGCUCUGAUGCAGAGUGGCGAAGUCAUUGUCUUGGCAACCGGUGGCAUCGUUAAUUUCGGACUCAACCAGCUUGACGGCACAUAUCUCAAGGGUUAG